CGCCAAAGAAGAAGACGAAAAACGGAGAAGCAGAACAAGCCUCCGAAGAUGCCGACCAGCCGAGCUCCCAUCCUCCCACUCCUGCUCCUCAUUCUCAUCUCCCACACACGAGCCAUCUCGCCGGCGACCGCACCAGCAACCUCGCCGGCGUCCUCACCGAAGCUCAAGCCGCCGCCCAAACCGAAACACACGCCGGCAUCCGCACCGCCGCCGCUGCUACCCCUACAACCUCCAUCACUCCCUCCUUCUCCGGCGACUCCAGGUCUUGACUGCACGAACGACCUUCUAAACCUUACUUCCUGCCUCACGUACGUCGAACAAGGCGCCAACUUGACGGUGCCUGAGAAAGGCUGCUGCCCUGCUCUCGCCGGACUUGUUGACAGUAACCCAAUCUGUCUUUGCCAGCUUCUAUCUACCUCAAAUACCUUCGGAAUCAAGAUAGAUGAUACUAAGGCUCUUAUGCUUCCCACUAUCUGUCAUGUUCAGACUCCCCCUGUUAGUGUCUGCAAUGAUUUGGGGAUUCCGGUUGCGAGUCCUGGAGCCCUGUCUCCGGCCGGCGGGGACGGCGUUGCUUCUGUACCUUCUGGGACAGGUCAGCUGGCGCCGGCGAAUUCAAUCGCCGCCGCACCGAGCGACGGCGGCGAGGGCUACUGGACGGCUGGCGUCGUAUCUCUGCAGCUAGCUCUAAUCGCCAUCAUCAGCCAACUGAUCGUCAUCUUGUUCUGAUUAGUUUAAAAAAGGAGCGUGCUUUCUAUCA